GGCAAAAACCUUGCUUAAGCAACCGCCAACAUACCCAGACCACCUUUUUGGUGACAUCCAUGGCUACUCUUGGUGAUAUUGGGGUUUCUGCAGUCAUCAACAUCGUCACCGCCUUUGCUUUCUUGCUGGCUUUUGCUCUGCUUAGAAUCCAACCCAUUAAUGACAGGGUCUACUUCCCCAAAUGGUACCUAACCGGAGCUAGAGCCAGUCCUAGACACUCUGCAAAUUUGGUGGCUAACUUUGUUAACCUUAACUUCAACACUUACCUCACCUUCCUUAACUGGAUGCCUCAAACUCUGCGCAUGAAGGAGCCCCAGAUUAUUGACCAUGCUGGCCUUGAUUCUGCUGCCUUCUUGAGGAUUUACAUUCUUGGGUUAAAGAUUUUUGGGCCAACUGCAAUUGUGGCAUUCUUGGUUCUUAUUCCAGUUAAUGCAUCGGGUGGGAUGUUGUUUUUCCUCAGCAGAGAUUUGGUCAUCAGUGACAUCGAUAAGCUUUCAAUAUCAAAUGUUCAGCCCAAGUCUCCAAAGUUUUUUGCACACAUUUUUAUGAUGUAUUUGUUCACAUUUUGGGCAUGCUAUAUGCUCUACAAGGAGUACGAUGUGGUAGCAUCGAUGAGAUUGAACUUUUUGGCUUUAAAAAGUAGGCGAGCUGAGCAGUUUACGGUCCUGGUUAGAAAUGUUCCUCAUGUCCCUGGCAAUUCUGUGUCUGAUACAGUGAAGUGUUUCUUUAAAAAGAAUCACUCAACUCACUAUCUUUGUCACCAGACUGUCUACAACGCAAACAAAUAUGCAAGAGCAGUAAGGAAAAGGCAGAAAUUGCAAAAUAAAUUAGAUUACAACCAGCUUAAGUUGGAAAGACAUCCCAACACACGUCCAACAAGAAAGACGGGCUUGCUUGGACUUUGGGGUGAGAAACUAGAUUCCAUAGAAUACUAUCAACAAAAGAUUAAAGAGCUCGAUGAAAAGUUAACAAUGGAGCAUCAGAAGAUUCUGAAAGACCCGAAACGCAUAAUGUCAGCCGCAUUUGUAUCAUUCAACUCCCGGUGGGGUGCAGCGGUGUGUGCUCAAACACAACAAAGCAAAAAUCCGAUUCUAUGGUUGACAGAUUGGGCCCCUGAACCUCGUGACGUUUACUGGAAAAAUCUUGCUAUACCCUUCAUUUCUUUGAGCAUCCGUAAACUAGUUAUAUCAUUGGCAGUCUUUGCUUUAGUGUUCUUCUACAUAAUACCCAUUACAUUUGUUCAGUCACUGGCCAAUCUUGAAGGUCUUGAAAGAGUUGUUCCUUUUCUCAGGCCCAUUCUUGAAUGGAGCUUUAUCAAGUCAUUCCUUCAAGGUUUUCUUCCGGGUCUUGCUCUAAAGGUUUUUCUAUGGCUUCUUCCUGGUAUUCUUAUGACCAUGUCAAAAAUUGAAGGGCACGUUGCAUUUUCCGUAUUGGAAAGGAGUACGGCCGCCAAAUACUACUUUUUCAUGCUGGUAAAUGUUUUCUUAGGGAGUAUUGUCGCUGGAACAGCAAUUCAACAGCUUCAUUCUUUCCUUCAUCAAUCUCCCACACAGAUUCCAAGGACAAUAGGGGUAUCGAUUCCAAUGAAGGCUACUUUCUUCAUUACAUACAUAAUGGUUGAUGGAUGGGCAGGUAUGGCUGGGGAGAUUCUUCGGUUAAAGCCUUUAAUCAUGUUUCAUCUCAAGAACACGUUAAUGGUAAAAACCGAAAGAGAUAGACUAAAAGCAAUGAACCCCAAAAGCAUAGAUUUCCCCGAAGCUAUUCCGUCUCUUCAACUAUACUUUCUUAUGGGAGCCGUUUAUGCUGUUGUCACCCCCAUCCUUCUACCUUUUAUACUCAUCUUCUUUGCAUUUGCAUACUUUGUUUACCGUCACCAGGUAAUUAAUGUGUACAAUCAACGAUAUGAGAGUGCUGCUGCAUUCUGGCCACAUGUUCAUCAUAGGAUAAUAGCGAGCUUGUUGAUAUCUCAGCUUCUUUUGUUGGGACUUCUUAGCACAAAAAAGGCUGCAAAUUCUACUCCUUUGCUUGUCGUAUUACCGAUUUUGACUGUAACGUUUCAUAAAUUCUGCAAGAGCCGGUUCGAACCUGCUUUCCGAAAAUACCCUCUCGAAGAAGCCGUGGAGAAGGACACACAAGACGAAGUUUCUGAACCUGUAAACGACAUGAAAUCCUACUUGUGUGAAGCCUACUUACAUCCAGUUUUACGUUCCAUUGAAGAAUUUGAGCUUUUCGAGCUCGGGGUUGACAAUAAUCGAGCUCACAUCCCAAGUCAAGUAGCCACCGAACUGGAACCUGUUUCUGGUUCUGGUUCUGGUUCACAUUCCCCAAAAGAAGAAAACAAAGUGGCUCCUAAAAGGCAGGAUCUUGAAGUUGUAGUUGAGCAACAUGACAAGACUUGAGCCUAAAUGUUGAUGUUAUGUACCACGCCUGACCUUUAACUGAAUGUAGCUUCCAUAACCUAACAGUGUCAGAAGUAGGGUUUUGUAACCACUCCAGAACUACUAUUAUAACUUGCUCAUGUUUAUUGUUUUUUACA